CUGUACGUGUAUGUGUGUGUGUGUCACACAUACUUUUAACAAUAUAUCGAAAGAAGAAAAAAAUUAAAAGUAAAUAAUUAUUUACUUCGUCGACACUUUUAUUAGUAUAUCAUCUCGUAGUUAAGUGGAUUAAGUUAUAGUAUUUAAAAAUGAUGCGCACGUCAACGCUGGUAGCAGUCGCGUUGGCGCUAAUUCUACACGGCUGUCUGGUCGCCGGAAAAUCUGACCCCGGAAUAGUUGAAAUAAAUGUUAAUGAAGUUCUACCAAAGGUCAGAGAACAGCGUCCUCUGUUGGCCAACACGAGAAUUUUUAUACAAAUUCUCGAUUGUAAUUCCACGGAUGCGGAUUUAACAAUCAAUUUUUCACUCACCGAGCAUCCCUGCCUCUACGAUGAGCACAUGCUUCAGAUAAUCAAUGCGAAUCCAAGUCUUCAGGGGAAUGCCACAAUUAAUAGAGUGGUAGCAACUACCAAAGAGCAAGUGAAAUGCAAUGGAUUGAUAUCAUUGAACAAGAAGGCGGAAGGCGCCACUCUGGCACCUGGCAUCGAGGAGGCGCAUCCAAUUAAAAAGCAUCCACUUUCGCCAACAACGAAUCCCAAAGUUACUGUCCUUGAGGAUGGCAUUUACGAGCUGGAAUUGACAAUCGAGUCGGAUCAAAAAUUUUCGGCUACAGUGCAAAUUGAAUUUCUUGGACCUAAUGGCGGUUUUAUAUCGGCCAUUGAUUGGCCGUUUCUACCGUUCUAUUUAAUUAUGUGCAUCGUUUAUGUAAUUUUUGGUAUUAUUUGGCUUUUCGUAUCGUUCUCACAAUGGCGAGAUUUGUUGCGUAUUCAAUUUUGGAUUGGUGGCGUUAUAUUACUUGGCAUGCUGGAGAAAGCCUUCUUCUAUGCCGAAUACCAGACAGUGAAUAGCACAGGAGUCCCAGUCGAACAUGCUGAAUUGGUUGCCGAAUUCGUAUCCUGUGCAAAGAGAACAUUGGCUAGGAUGCUGGUCAUUAUAAUGAGUCUGGGAUUCGGAAUUGUCAAACCACGACUGGGACCAAUGUUGCAUCGUGUUGUUGGUGUCGGUGCUCUCUAUUUCAUUUUGGCCUGCAUAGAGAGCUAUUUACGCAUCACCAGCAUCAAGAGUGAUCGCAGUGAACUAUUGGUGGCCAGUAUUCCAUUGGCAGUGCUCGACACGGGCAUUUGUUGGUGGAUAUUCACAUCAUUGGUCCAGACCACUAGGACACUCAGAUUGCGAAGAAAUAUGGUCAAGUUAUCGCUAUAUAGACAUUUCACGAAUACGUUGAUCUUUGCUGUUAUUGCUUCCGUCAUAUUUAUGUUGUUUGCCCUGCGAUUGCGUAGAACAGGCAAUUGUACGCCCGGUUGGCGUGAUAUUUGGGUGGAAACUGGUUUUUGGCAUGUAUUAUUCUCUGUUUUAUUGUUGGUAAUUAUGAUUUUGUGGCGACCCACAAAUAAUAAUCAACGUUAUGCCUUUACCCCGCUCCUCGAUAAUCCCGAAGAUGAGGAUGAAGAGGAAGAAGAGGAUCAGUUUGUGGCUGAUGCCUAUGGCAUUAAAAUGCGUGGCCAGAAUGGUCAAGUGAAGAGCACACCAAAUUCUAGAGCAACAAAUAACGAAGAGGACGAUUUACGUUGGGUCGAGGAGAAUAUUCCCUCAUCGUUGUCAGAUCCAACUUUACCCGUACUUGAUUCGGAUGAGGAAAUUGUCAAUACUAAAUUUGAAGUUUCCAAAAUGCAAUAAGCUGUGACUUACGCUGGACUUAAGAGACUUUAUUUAAUCAUAUAUACAUACAUAUAUAUAUAUAUUUUUUUUUUGUUUGUUAAACAUUCAUACUAACUAACCAUUGCUAAAUUACUUUUUGGAAUCCGAAUGCAAAAUCAAUCAAUUUACAUUUUAUUUGUAUAAUUAUACAUUAUUGAUUUUUGAUAAACGAUAAGAAUAAUAACAAAAUUGUACUUGUGCAAUUCAGCUUCCCAUAACUCCCAAACACACACACACGCACACACACACAAAGAUCCCUGUAAAAUAUUGUAUGUAAUUGUAGCAACUUUUUAACUCCAAAACUCUUCCUUCUACUUCUAAAUCCUGUUCCUGCUCCUUCUCCUCCAUCAACACCACUUUAAAUGAAUCCUAAAUUAUUGAUAAUCAUUAGUUUAAGUUGUAGAUAUUUAUGUGAAACGAGAAAAAACGAAAACCUAAUUUAUAUAUUUCGAAAAUGAAACAAAGAAAAAGGAUAUAAAUCAUAUAUCGCUUCUUUUGUAAAUAGCUGGAAACACAAACAAAACGACAAAAAAUGUAUUCUCUAUUCUGUAUUUAAACAAUUUUCCACUUUGGAUGCUACUAAAUUACUGAUUAACUAUGUAAUACAUAUAUUUCUGUAUCUACUAGUA